AAGGUGCAUUCAAAAUGGCGGGCAAAUCUGAAUCAAGCAUGGAUGAAGGUGCACUCGUUACGUUGAUACCAGAGUGUCAAGCUGGGGGUAAGAUUACUGGUCACUGGUCAACUGGUCAUGGGAUUACAGUUCAUGCAUCAGAGGGAAAGCCGACAUCAGCUCAACCUUUAGGUCAUUAUCGGUUUCCAGUGAUGCAUGAAGUCAAGUGGCAUGCUGAUGUGCAUACUACGAUAAUGCGCAAACUGAUUAAUGAAACUCAUGGAAUAUUUCUAGAUCUUCAAAAGCUACCAGAAGCAGGAGGAACUUCCAGAAAAUCCAGUUUACUAACAAUAAGUAGAAGGUAUCGAGCCGUGUUAAGGGCAUGCUUACUACAGUUAAAGGACAAAAUAGAUAUAGAGCCUAUGACUGUUGAUGGGAAUCACAAUACUGGCACACAGAAGCAAUUGUUGACCUUCAUAGAGCUUGUGUGGCAUCUGUGUGAAAUACUCUUCAUAGAAUCUCUACCAGGUGGUGCUGUUCUACCAAGACUUCUAGAAUGGUCAAAAACAGAAGACACAGACAAGUACAUUGAACAAGUGUUACAAUAUGCAUCACCACACGAAAGCCCUGSCUAUUGGCCUGCUAUAUAUAGUCUAGUAUUGCAUGGUCAGCUGAAUGAUGCUCGUGAAUUACUGGCUCAGCAUCCAGACAGUCGUGACCAGCCAGGAUCUUACGAUUUGUUUGAAAGUAUGGAUGAGCUGUUGAGAAAAAUGCCAUUGUACCAGUUCUACAUGGGUCAAACAUCAUCAGAGUUCUUAGUCAAAUGGAAUCACUGGCAACAUGAGUGUAAAUCCCAGCUAGAGAGUGACACCUAUGUGGCUGAUCCUUACCUACAGACUUUGUGUGAGAUUCUUGCAGGCAAAGAGGAGGUCUUUGAGAACAGCAUUAUAAGAGAUUCCUGUCCAACCUGGUAUCAAAUGCUGACUGCCAAGCUGUUGUAYUGUAAUCCAGUUGUCAAGGUGUUUGAUUUGCAAUACCAUACAGAGAGCUGUAUUGAGCUGUUUGGAGGUGAUCUGGGAAGCUUAGACAAGAUCUUGCUCUCAGCUUUUGAGUUUGAUGUCUCUGGUGUAAUCAAGCAAAGCAGUGAGUCUUUUGGUAGUUGGUGGUUUGUUGCUCAUCUUACAGACCUGUUGGAGCAUGCAGGACAGUUAGAUUCUAAUCAAAUAAGUUCUCCUAUCAGUUUGAGAGAGUUUUUACUGUUGGAAUAUUCUGCUAGCCUGAUGUCCCACCAUAGUCUUUGGCAAAUUGCAGUUGAUUACCUCAAACAGUGUCCUCAAUACGGCAGAGCUCACUUGGAGGAGUAUGUAGAACACCUUCCUUUAGAGACUGAGAAAAAAGCACUCAAAGUGUUGAGACUAUGUGAAGACCUGGACAUGCCUGUACAAGCACAAAGCAUUUGUAAAACGAUGAGUAUGCGAGCGUUAAGAAACUCUCGUCUUGGUUCAGCGCUAUCUUGGUGCCUCAGAUCUAAGGACUCUGCCUUUGCAGCGUUCAUCUCUGACAGGUUUUUGGAAGAGUACAUCCAAUGUGGAGGGUUUUCCAACCUAGAUUUGAUUGACAACUUGGGAUCAGCCAUGCUUCUCAGCGACCGACUGACCUUUCUCGGUAAAUAUCGUGAAUUCCACAAGACGUACGAAGAAUGUCGCUUUGAAGACGCAGCCGCUUUACUUAUCUCUCUCCUGACAUCCAAGCUGGCGCCUAAAAGUUUAUGGCUGACACUCCUGACUGAUGCCCUGCCUCUACUGGAGCACGAGAAGGUGAUCUUCAGUAGUAAUCAAACCUAUGAGUUGAUGCACUGUUUGGAAGAGAUUCGCUUGUCUUUUCGGUCCUCUGAAUACAUGGAYCUAUCAGAAGACCAGGGAGGGAUGCGUAAGCAGGGAAGCAAGACAGGAAAGAAAGGGAAAACUAACAAAGCAACAAAGGCGCAAGGAGAGGAGGAGCAAGACCGUAUUGACCUGUUACGCCUGGCCAUGGCAAGGAACUUAGCCCGAGCUAUACUAAGAGAAGGACAACUAGUAAACUGAGAAGCAACCUUUUACGAAUCGUUAUCGAGUUGGUUGCGACGAUGUAUCGAUUCGUAACAUCAACGUAUUGCAAGAAAUGAAAGAACAAAUCAUAGAACUGACACGAUGAACUGAGGAGCAACCUUUUACGAAUACUUAUCGAAUUGGUUACGACGAUGUAUCGAUUCAUAACAUCAACUUAUUGCAAGAAAUGAAAGAACAAAUCAUAGAACUGACACGAGGAACUGRGGAGCAACCUUUUACGAAUAGUUAUCGAAUUGGUUACGACGAUGUAUCGAUUCGUAACUUCAACUUCGUUACAAGAAAUCAUUGAAAGAACAAAAUCUAAAAACUGCGACUGAAAGAUGAGGAAUUGCAUCAGAUGUGAGGCUGGCAUUACUAGAAUCUUGUUGAUACUUUACACUGGGUGGCGUAACAUAGUACUGGAAAUGCAAUACGUGGUAGGACCAAUGGAGCAAGAACUAAGAGGGAACAAUAGGUAGAUCUGGUAGAUAGGUCAAAACCGGAAGUCUGUUUAACUUGCCGAGAAGAGGCUGGUGACGAGUAUCCCAAGCCACAGGACAGGUUAGUUAGCACGAUGUCACAUUCAAUCCUUCUUUUCCCUACUGGCGCCUUACUUUCAGGCCACAGAAUCGAAUAAGACUGAUGCCGAGGUAUAGUUGUGCUGUCAAUAUUGAUUUCAAGGAAUGGAAAAUAAACAGAACUUAUUUCGUUA